AUGCCAAAUCCAUUUCAUGAACCACAGAUUAGAAUAUUAAAAGAAGCAUUUCCAGAUAUUGACAUAUUAACUAUUGACGAAGCUCUUUAUUCAGCUCGAGGCGAUAUUAAUACAGCAUUUGAUAUGUUAUUAGAGCCCAAUAGUCCAACCAAGUCAACACACUCUUCAGAAACAACACUAUUUUCUCCGAUUAACAAAACUAAAUCACCAACUGUUCGCGAAGAGUUGGCUCAAUGGCGUCAGGAACUUUAUGUAGAAAGUCGAUUGAAAGCCGAGAGAGAUAUGAAUAGAAAGACGAACAAUGGAUCAUUUUUAAGCUUACCAAGGCGUAUAAAAAAUAACCCAUUCAUACAUCAUAGCGAUGGUCAUAGUAAUAAUGACAGAAAUAGAGUACAUCGUUUGGAAAACACAGUUAAAUAUCAAUCACAGUGUUCAUCAAUAACUGCUAUAGGAUAUCCCAAUAUCGUAUUUACCACUUCAAUUCGAUCAACUCCAAAUCGCUCUACCUUGCCACCACCAGUACCGCCAAGACGAUUAACUGUCGGAGAAGUUCGUACAAACCCCUUUCUAUCAGAAUUACCAAACAAUAGCAAUUCAUCACCGCAGCUAUUGGUCAAUACUCCUCCUCCUUCAAGAAGACUAAAUACAAUCACACAUCAUCAACGAGCAAUAGACGAAGGAGCAGUCAAUAACCCUUUCGACGAACCUGAUAUGCCUCCUCCUGCAUAUCAAGAUAUACAAAAAGACACUCUUGUGCAUCUCACUCCGUAA